CUAGAUUGAUCAAUUCUGUUCUGUAUGGGGUUAUCUUCUUCUGGACUAGAAUCUUUAUCAUUCCCAAUAAGGUGAUGAAGAGGAUCCAAGAUAUCUGUAGGAACUUCAUAUGGAGUGCAACUGCUUCAUAUAAAAGAAGUCCUUUGAUUAAUUGGGAAGAGACUUGCCUGCCCAAAAACAAAGGUGGGAUUGGAUUGAAGAAUCUGGUUAACUGGAAUAAGGCCAAUGUGAUGAAGCUGUUAUGGGAUGUAGCUAAUAGGAAAGAUAUCUUGUGGGUCAGAUGGGUCCAUGGAAGAUAUUUGAAGCAAGAGACAGUGUGGCAGUACAACCCUAAAGGGGAUGUUUGUUAUUAUUGGAGGAAAAUGCUUAAAAAGGUUUCUCAAUGGGCUGGAACUGACCUUACUGCUGGCAAUAUUAAGGAGAUGGAAGACAAAAUUGUGAGGGGAAGCAACAGGAAGGAGAGGAAGAGAAGAGCAGCCUUGGUGGCAGCGUGCUUCUAUAUAAUUUGGAAGGCCAGGAACAACAUAGUCCAUGGAAAGAAGAGAUGGAAUGCAAUAGAUAGUGUUGAAUAUGUUAAAUAUCAUGUUACUACACAUGUAAAGCCUAAGAAUCUUCUCGGUGUUCCCAUUGCUCCACUUGAUCUAGCCCCUUCAACCACUCUACACAAUCCAACAUCUAAGGACAUGGAAUCUGUGGAGCGUACUAUUCAUAAUUCAGUGAGAGUUCUUGAAGUUGCUAAUGAUGGUGUUUCUGUUGAAGGUAUUGUUAAUGCCUUUCCAUUAGAUCUUGUAGUUGUUGAUACACCUGUAGAUGCACCGGACCAUGCGAACAAAGUGGAGUCCGAGUAUUGGGUUUCACCGCGGGCAGCUAAGUUUGUAUUUGCUCUUCUCGCUUAUGCCCAUCGCUAUACUCCAAUCUGCAGGCUUAAUGAAGAUCUGACAUCAAGUGGCCAUAGUCUUUGGGUCAUCAUUUUCUCUCCAGUACUGAAGCAUGAGUGGGAGCCUCCACCUUGAGGACAAGUAAUUAAGAUUUAUGUUAGCCUUGGUUUGCUAAGCCUCAUGUUUUGAUGUUAACAAACAAUAUAAGAGCUUGACGUUUGUUUAAGUGUUUCAGGUACAACAAGAAUCCAUUAAGAUUCGGUACUCAAGAAUGAAGUCGAAACACCAAACUAGCGUAGAAUAUAGGUAGAAACCGAUG